CCACCACACAACAGCAACCCCCGACGCUCCUUUGAUCGCAAACAAGUCGCAUUAUUAUCGUUGUUUUGCGGCGAUUGAGCGAUUGCCAUGCCGCGCCCCAAGAGGACCAAAGUCGCGCCUGCAGCAACACGCGUCGCCAAAACGUCGAAAGCCGCCGCACCUAUUUCCCGAUCAAACCCGACCAGAAAGAUCUCUGAGAAUAUCGAUAGUUUCAGCGAUGAUAGCGAUGGGCUCGUUGUUAGGACAAAUCGCGCGCAGAGGAGAAUGCCAUGGCAGCCUGAGCCUGAGAAGGAUGUGGACUUCACCAUGACUGGCGGGCUUCCUGUAGAGCAAAAUGAGGAUAGGACUGCCGAACCGAAAACCAAAGCGCCGCAGCCCCGAGUUAUGAGACCUUCUAGCAAGAGCCGGACCCCACCAUCGGCUGCGCCGAAGAAGACACGUACCUCAAUGGCAGGCAAGAAGUCUCAGGCACAAGGAACAUCAACGCCGGAACCCCAUCCACACAUUGAGCCAGCGCAAGUCGAUGAUAGCUUAUCCGACACCCUCUUCACCUUCGGAUCACUCGACUCAGACUCUCCUGCCCACGGCACGCGCCCGCCAUCAGCCAUGAAAGUUCUCGGAACUCCAGCUCAUGAAACCUCGAUCCUAGCCUUGAAGAAUUUCAAGCGUAGACCGCGACAGCCAAGUCUCCUGCGAAUGGUGAACCAGAUGACCGAUAUGGGAGACGAUGAUUUUGAUGACCUGGACGAUUUCAACCCCGAAGCCGAAUCCACUCCCCUUCACCUGCAAAAGAGUGGACCAGAAGAAGUCAGUAGCAACAGCGAUCUCCACCCGUCAGCCUCUUCCAGCGGCUCAUGGGGAAGAAAACGGAAAUUGAGCUCUCCUGUAGUGCAAGUUCUACGUUCGUCUCCGCCCUUUGACUCUCCAUCUGGGGCGGAUGUUCAGGAAUCGCGAUCGUCAUCUCCAAGUCUACCGGAGGUUAUAGAAAGUCGUGAAGAGGUUCUCAAAACGAAAGAGGGGGCAGAUUAUGAGACCAUGAGUGAGACAAUGGCUCCACCCCGGUCAAGUAGCCUUCCUGCUGAUGAGACUGUUGACUCUCCAGUCAAGCCGCGACAAAACAGAAAGCGAAGAGAGACCAAAAAGAAACUGCGGAAUAGCGUGGACGCUGAUAUAGAGGACGAAGAAUCAGAGCUACCUGUCAAGCCAAAUGCCAAGCAGAAGCCGAAGCCGAAACCGAAACCGAAAGCCAUCUCUACAGCCAGAUUACAAGCUCUGCUUCCUCGGCGGCGGACACAUGUGCCUCAGGAAUACGACGAGUUUGACAUUCGAAGCUCAGACAACGUCGAUAUUACUCCUGUGGAUUCAGAUCAGGACGAACUACAACUACCACCUCGACGGGGUGCUCCGGCAUCGGCAGCAGCAGCAGCUCAAUUGAGAUCUAGCAAGAAGCUCUCUCGCACUACCAAAAAGCCCCAGGUACCUACGAUAACGACUCAGAAGAACACCCGAACCUACGGACGUCGCACCUCGUCCGACAAAGAGAAUGAGAGCACCUUCGUCCAAGAAGAUUCGUCUGGAGAUGUAGAUGAGACGACGGCGACUACAAUCAGCGUCCCAAAAUCUAAGCUGACGGCGAUUGCGAAGCAGUUUGAAGAAGUCGAUGCAUGGGAAAUGGAAUUUGAGAGUGUUGAUGUCAGUGGUGCAAGCUCGAGUCCGUGGCGUUAGGCAAUAGGCGUCGUGUAUUUCUGUGUCUGUAUCGGACGGCGUUUGGGGAUCAAUGCUGGCCAUGGAGAGAAAUGCAUGUCAAUGGG